AUGGCUCCUCAUAGCAGUGAUCAUCUACAAGAAGAGGCUCUGUACCUGUUCGUUCUUCAUGGAAUGGCGCACCGGCGGCUUGCGGAGGAGGCGGCACCGGUUGCUUGUGGAGGAGGCGGCGGCGGCGGCUUGCAGAGGAGGCGGCACGCGGUGCCGGUUGCUUGCGAAGGUGGCGGCGUCUGUGGCUUGCGGAGGAGGCGGCGUGGUUGCUUGCGGAGGAGGCGGCUUGCGGAGGAGGAGCCAAGAAAAAAAAACAGAAAAAAUGACUUUUCAAGCCGCUCAACUCAACUUCGAGCUCCUAUUUCAGUCUUUGCCUUCUACGUCUGCAACCAGGGCUCUGACGAAACGGACAAGAGGCAGUGGGGCUCCUUCCUUCUGCGGAGCGCAGCACGAAGCAGCGGAGUAAAGCAACCAGGUCAGGUAGCUCAAAUCAAACCGCAGAGUAUCAAAAGGGGAGGGGAUCUUUUCUCGCCGACGCCGCCGGCGGUGGCGGUUGUUGUGUCCAUGGUCGGAGGCUCUUCGAGGUGGAGGAGAGCGGCAAAGAGGAUAGGCUUCCCCUGCGGCGCUUCCUUCUCCAAUGUCAACACUCCCGGAACAAUCUCAAGCUCAGCCGUUAGUACAAAAACGGAGGAUGAAGAAGGAAAACAUUGGGAAACAGGAUCGCUAGGUGCCCACGACAAGAGAUUAUGUGCCAUUUGCUUAGAGCCUCUUAGCUGUGUUGAUGGGAACACAGAUUUUGUGAGCGGCCAAAAGAUCUUCACUGCCCAGUGCACGCAUGCUUUUCACUUUCCAUGCAUUGCAUCGAACGUCAGGCAUGGCAGUGUGGCAUGCCCAAUCUGUCGAGCACAAUGGUCGCAGCUCCCACGUGAGUUAACUGUACCCCCUGCUAUCAACAACUCUGAUCCCAUCCUUCGCAUCUUGGAUGACUCGAUUGCAACGUCCCGCUUCAACCGUCGAUCCUUCCUUCGUACCACUCAAUACGAUGACGAUGACCCUGUUGAACUUGAAGCUACUGCCGAAGCCAACAACCAUCGCCUCCGCCUUACCAUCAUUCCUGGCCUAUUGCAAACAGCUGAGCUUCUGAGACAAACCACUACGCCGAGUAGGCAGAAGAGGACUUACCUAUCUGUAAAACUCUCUUAUCAACAGGCGGCCGAUCUUGUUCUUGUCGCAAGUCCAAAUGGUCCUCACCUUAGACUGCUCAAGCAGUCCAUGGCACUUGUGGUAUUCUCACUGCAACCAAUAGACAGAUUAGCAAUUGUCACCUAUUCAACCACCGCCACUCGUGCGCUCCCUCUCCGCCGGAUGUCUUCUCAAGGGAAGCAGGCAGCACUACAAGUCAUCGAUCGCAUAUUCUACCUAGGUGAAGCUGAGCCUGCUGAAGGUCUCCGCAAGGGUCUCAAAGUAUUGGAGGACAGGACGCAUCGAAAUCCACUUGCAUACAUCCUCCAUCUUUCAGAUAGUCCAACCCAAAGCUACAUAUGCAGGGAUCUGCAGUUCCCAAUUCCAAUUCACAGAUUCCACAUUGGUUUUGGAUUUGGAAUGUCUAAUGGGUUGGUCAUGCAGGAGUUGGAUGAGUUCUUAGCUUGGUUGCUUGGAGGCAUGAUAAGAGAUACCCAACUUAGGAUAGGAGCUGAGGGUGAGUGGAUAUUGUUGGGCGACCUGAGAGGCAGGGAAGAAAAGAGGAUUCCAGUCGACAUGGCAGCCAACUGUGAGUUACUUUCUGUCAGUUACAGCUAUGUCGAAGGAGAAGAACAAAGGCUAAGCAGAGGCGAAGUGAUGGUCGGUAGAGAGAAGAAGAAUGACCAAAAUGAUGAUCAGUUUGCAGGGAGUGAUCUCAGCAUCAAUACAGGAGGUACUGACUCCAUCCAGAGAUGGGGUUACCUCGACCCGUUCAUGGCUCGAAGAUGGGCGAAGCAUUUACACGGUGGAUACAAGGAAUGAUCAUGCAGAUUUUUCCAAAGACUCGUCCAUGUGAAUGUAUUUGUGUUGCAGAUGUACAGAAGCCUGAUGAGGUUCAGCUGUGGAGUCGAUCGAAAGACACAUUUCUGUUGAAAAUUAGACUAACAAAUAAGUAAAUAAAUUACUUGUCUUACAC